AUGGUUGUCAAAUUUACCUUUUAACCCAAACCAUACAAGAGUUAUGAUUAUUCAAAAAUUAAAUUUUUUCAGAAGUUAUUAAAUAAAAAACUGAGUAAUUUUAUUAAGGUAACAUUAUUGAAACAUAUAAAGGGAGACAAUAAUAUAACAGCAAUCAGGGAAGAAAAAUAGAUGUUCAAUAAAGUAAGGCUAAAAUCAAAUGAAUCAAUUAGAUUAGUCUAUUUUCUUAGAGAUUCAAGCUAUACAAAAGUUUUUUGUUCUAACAUUUAUUGAUUUUAUCUCAAUAACAAUCAAAUCCGAAUCUUCAGAAAAUUUUUGCUUAAACUUAGUAAUGAUAUAAAACUUAAUAUAAAAUUAAUAGAAAUUCAAUAUUUUCAACAACAAAAAAGGGAAAAUGUCUUGCACAUAUCAUAUUCAAAAUCCAAUCGCUGCAAUAUGUAUAGCUCCUCACAAGUGUUAAUGUUAAAGGAAACUUUGUAUGGAAUGCGCUUAUAGCCAUGGAGUUGAUUUCAAACAAACAAUCCCGAUUCAAAUAUUUCAAGAAAUGUUGAUCAAGAAAUAAAAAGAAUCUAAGCCUUAUGAGACAUCAGAUUUUACCAAAGAGAGAACGAAGUUAAAAUUAUUGCUUUCUCAAACUGAGAGUACAAUGAAUAAAAUUUGGGAAAAUUUUUAGGAAUCAAUCAAAUCAAUUUACGAUAUGAUUGAACUAUAAGAUAAAACAUAUUUGGAAAUCCUUAACAACAAUACCACUCCUGUAGAAUUGUCAAAUACUGACUUAGAGAUGUUAGUAUAAAUACUUGUAGGAGACAAAUUAAAAGGAUGGAAUGCUUUAAAAGACUUUAAUUUGAGAAAGAUAGAAAAAGUAUAGAAUUUAUUGGGUUAAGAAAUUAAGGCUUUCAAUGAAUAAAUAAUAAAAAAAAUGAACGAGACUUUGAAAUUAGAAUUUACUUAUAAAUCCUACACUAACCUUUUAGGUUAUUUAUAGAUAGAUUGA